ACAAAAGACGUUUAUUUCUUGGUUUUGUUGGUUUGGUGAUUUUAAUUUUUUAUUAAAAUGUGGAAUAUUACUGAAUUAAAUAAAUGAAAUAUUUUUGUACUCAUCAAACAAAUGUUGGAUGUCCUUUAUUCGAACAAAAAGAAUAAAAUUGUUAGUAAUUUGUCAAAAAUUAAUUCUAAAUGGUGAACAAAUGGCGUAGCUUUUUAAUCGUCUACACAAAAAAUCAAUACUCUUCAAUUUUCGUACAGUGCUUCUGUGGUUUGCCCUUUUUUCAAAGUUAUUUUAUGUUCUAUUUAGUCAAACAAAUUAAUUUAAAUUGAACAUGUAUCAUAAUGUGUUGUUAAUUUGUUGUUUUUAAAUAUCAUAUUUAAAGAUUUAAGAGAAAGGAUACCAAUCCAAUUAUUCAACUGAGUGCAUUUCCAUUAGAUAUUCCGGUACCAAGAAACUUGAAAAAGAUUCAUUAUUUUUUUAUUGGGCAACGUUUGCUUUUAACUAGUUCGACGCGCGCAACGAAUUUUUUUUUUAUCAUAAUUUACUGAACUAGUGCACAGGUGGUAAGAGAAAAUUCUCGACAAUAGUUAAAACAUGGCGUCACCUGGAUCAGAUUCAUCGUCGUCGUUGACAACGCUCGAUUCAACAAUUCCAGACAUUAAGACUUCACCUAAAUCCCAAAUUGUAGCGGCGUCUUGCUCGUUGCGCAAAGAACAUACAUCAUCAUUGGUUUUUGAUAACGAAACUUCAGUUUUUCGCAGCUUAACUUCUCCUAAUAAUCAUCAUCAAAUGGAUACAACUACACCAUCACCUCCUAACGUUGGUUUUGAUAUACCUCAGUGGAAGAAGGAUUUGAUUCAACGCAGAAAGAUUAACAUUGCUAAAACUAUUGCAGCUGCAAGUGGAAGUUGUUCCAAAGAAGAUAUUGUCAAUAAUGUAACAGGUACAACUGAGACCUUAGAAACGUUAUCACCAAAUUGCGAUUUGAAAAAUUCUCACAUCCUUUCCAAUAACAAUAACAAUGAUAAAGUAUUAUUACAUUCUCCAAGAAUUAAUACAAUCGAUGACACAAAUAAAUGUAAUACAACUAGUCAAAAUUCAAUUACUUCUUCAGCAACAACUAGCAUUGACAAUGUGGUUAAAACGCCGGCUACACUCCAACUUCAACAAACGCAAGUCAAAAUCGAAUUAUUGCGUGGAGGUCAUUAUACGCAAGUUAAUAAUAAAUCAUCUUCUCUUCACAACUACAAUGAAAAAUUGUCUGAACGAUCAGUAUCUACAGUACAACCGGAACAUCAACAGCCACCAAUUCCACUGCCUCGAUCAGUUGUUGUUGGUUCUAUACCUAUAGAACAGAAAAGCAACGAUGGCAGCAGUUCAACAUUGCCACAAGAGAAUGUGAGAUUUCGAAAGAAUUUGACUGAACAGCGUGAAUCGACGACCAACACAACAAGUUCUGAUUCUCUUUUAACUCCAAUAUCCCGUUCUAGUGUAAAAGUGGCGGCAGCAGCAGAAAUGUAUAAAAAAUCUAACAAAGACACCAACUCUAGUAUUACGGUAUGUGUUAGUGAAGAACAUCAUUCACAUGUAUUCCAACAAGAACCUGAUUUAACUACAACAAAUAUAAACAAAGGCAACAAAAACGACAAUGGUGACGACGAACAUGACGAAGACGACUACGACGAACACCAAUUGCACCAUCAGUUAAUUUCUGAACGCGAAAGUGACAACUCGGUGUGUGCGGGUAACCUAAAUGAGACUGAAGUUAAAGAGAUAGCUUCUGAUUCAAUUUCCACAAAGAACAGCAAUAAAAUAAACAUUUAUAAUAAUUCUUCUCUAAAAUCAGCCGUUGUGAAUAAUAAGAAACCAUGUGGCAUUGCAAAUGCAUCGGUUAGGUCGGGUACAACAUCGGCUUCUGUGUCUUUUAAAAAGAAUCAAAAUAUCGGCAAUGCUAAUGAAGUUUCCACACAUCAUAAUUAUAAAAUAAAUGCAAAGUUACGUUCAAAUCAGAACUCUAGUUUAACCCCUUCGCCAUCCAUAGCGUCAACAACUGCCGCAAAUAACGAAUCGUCUACAAGAGUGACUAAUAAUAAAAAGAAAAUGGUGGCCGUUCAAGAGAUGAAUGAUAUCACCAAUAACGAAUUGGAUUUCGAUCCAUCUGAAGAGUUGCAAUAUGGUCCGGGUAUUGUGUCAAAGUUGCGUUGUCGCUACUUAAGUUUAGCUUUGCGGCAAUCCAUUGGUAAACAGCGAUUACCAUUGGAUUCUUUACGUCGGGCAACUUCAUUAAAUAAUCUUCUUGAUGGAAAUGGCGUCCACGAAGAUGAAGACGAAGAGGACGAAACACCAGAUACUACUAACAAAGAAAGAACCAGUCCGUCUUUGCAUGGAUCAUCUCAAAUAGGAAUCAGAGGAACUUCUACUUUAGCAAAAGUAAACGAAGGAGUGAUUGAAUGUAAGGAGAAUACUAAAAUGGAUUCCUAUGAAAAAAUGACAGGCCCAAUGAGAUUAUCAUAUAACAAUCAGCAUCGUUCACGGCAUAUAAAACGUGGAAAUGAUUCGUUGAAACGGGCGCGAUCAGUUGAGGCCCUUUUAUGUGAAAAAUCACCCUGGAAUUUUUCCAAUAGUCAACAAACAACAAUAAAUAAUGGUGCUACGGAUUCAGUUACGAUAGAGGAUAAAAUAAAUAAUGCACGAGAGCGUCUGCUAUCGGGAACUGAUAAUAGUCCCCCUAAGCGCCUGACGUCUAUUAUAGACGACACAGAGCGACCACCACCGGAUUUAGUUAAGCAAACACUUAAAAUAUUCGAAGCUUCGGCGAAUCGAAGAGGCGGCACAGUCAUUCGUAAUAGUGGAGGAGAGGUUGCUACAAAAGUAGCAAACUAUAAAUCUAUUAUUACCCAAAACAAACCAUCGAUUUCGUUUGCCAAGCCUGCUUUAAAUCCGAAAACUUCACAUCAAAAAUUUAAGCCGUCUACAUUAACGGAAGUUAAAAAUAAUAUUAAUAAUUCCUCACCAAUUAGUCCAACUAUUGCUUCUUCUUCUUCUUCAGUACAGCAAUCAGAAAAAAUUGUAUCGCCUACAAUUUCAACACCAACAACAAGUGGUCAGAGCAACACUUCAAAGUAUUUCCGACCAAAAAUGGAUUCUACAUCGAUAAGAAACUUUGGGUGUGUCAGUAGUGUUGUUGAGGGUUUAUCAGAAAAUUCACCCGACAUUAUUCCGCGCCAUAACUUAAUUGAUAAAACAGUCAUGUCAGUUGACUCGCCAGUCACUGAUUUAACAAAAUCUAUCGAAAAGCUCAGAAUAGAAUCACCCACUACAACAACGCAAGUAGAAAGGCAACAACAGCCGUCACAGAAAGAAAGUAGAUUUUCAUCGGAAUCUUCUGAAGCUGAAUCGGGAGACGACGACGACGAUUCCAUGGACGGAGAAUACGUGGUUAAUAACGAAGAAUCGAAUUCAACAAAAGAAAUUUCAAAAUCGGCUCUCGAAAGCAUUGCUAAAGCUGGGACCAGCCAACAAUUUAUUUUUCAAAAAAAUACCUCUGUGUCAUUUUCAAAAGGAAACUACCUCGCCUCUGAACCUUUGCAUGAUAUACCUUCUUUGGCAACUGCAGGAUCGACGACAACAACUACAGUCAAGCAGAUUGGAGUUAUAAGGCCACUUUUAGCAGAAUAUCCCCAGAAGCAAAUCAAAAAUAAUUGUUCUGAAGAAAUGUCUAAUAAUCAGUCACCAUCCGCUUUAACAAGUAGGGAGAUUGAGAAAAAUCGAAUCAAUAAUGAAAAAAAAAUCAAGACAUCUGAAAGCAAUAAUCUAAUGGACAAUAAAAAGAGUUUGAAUACGGUUACAUCGAAAUUAAAAAAGAUUGAAGUGUCUGGAAGUGAGGAUGUUACCAGCUCUCAAGCACCUGCUAUUUUAAUAUCCAAAAAGAAGCGCGCUGGUGCUGGCAAUGUGCCUGAAAACAAUACAAUGGUAUUUAAUUUCAAGGAUCGUAAAGAAGUUCCCGACUACAUUGAGAAUGAUGGAUUAAUAUUCAAGCAUAAAAGGGAGCUACCAAAACCAAACGAGUCAGGUUUUGUGCUGCUUGGUGACCUCUCUCGAGAAACCUCUACAGAUCCCGACGACGAAUGGCCUAUGUGCCCACCUUCACCUUGUGAUGUAGAGUUUGAGAAUGCUAAUAUUAUCAUAGAUGGUAAAUCUAACAUUAAAAGUCGUCGACCCAAAGAAGCAAACUUUCGAGUACAAUUCAACGAUACACUCAAUUCGACAUUUGAAUAUCCAUCAGAGUCAUCAGUAAUUGAGGACUCGGGCAGCGAAUAUGCUGACUUGGCAGCUGAACUUGAUGCAUCUUCGUCUCCUUAUGGAGCUUCAGGAACUGAAACCCAUGAAGAAAUGGAAUCGCCAAUAGUCCAUCAUCAUGUUAAAUCUGAAGAAAUAAUACAACUUCCACAUAACAAUAAAGUUUUAGGAAAUUUGUCUUUAGGCUCAGCGCCCCUAGGCUGUUACACUCCCAUAACGGCUAAAACCGAAAACAUAUUUCAAUUAGGUGUAACACGUGUACCAAAUAGUCAAUCGGAUAAAAGUGGAGAUAAUGCUCAGACAAAUGAAAAAAAACCCGCGGACUACUAUGACGAGCUUGAUAAGCCUUCAUUGGAAUAUCUGAAACCUGCAUCCGAUGAUCUCACAAUAGCCUACAGCGAAGGUUCUUUGAAAACCGAUUUGCUGUAUUAAUUUAUAUAUUUUUUGUUUGUUUAAUAUUUUUUUCUUUUUGUUUAAAUAUCAUUUAAUGUUAUAAAACCUUUACAUAAAGUGAAUAGCUUCAUGUUCAUUCCAAAAUUCCGCAAUAUUUGUAAAUAAAUAUGAAUUUCUAAAAUUAUCAACAAAAAAAAGGUUCGCUGAAAAAUUGAACAUAUUUUUAAGAAUUAAAUAAGUUUAAGUUUCGUAUAAUUUA